CCAGUGCAUUGUUUUUUACUAAAUAAUGCAGACGAGGAAGAAAAUGCUUUCCGGAGAUGGUUCUGGGGAGCAUUGUAGUGCUAGAUUCUGUAGAAGGCCCCAGAAAAUGACUGUGAUUUCUCAAAGAAAAGUCAGCGAUCUUAUUUCAUCUACAAAGAAAAAGAAACUUGAUGAAAUUCAUUCAAUGAGUGAUCCCGAACUACGGAGGAAUUUGGGUGCUGCUGGGGAUUUCUUAAAGGAUGAGGCUGAUGGUAUUUCCAUGGCUUCUGUGGAACAUAUGAGUUAUGAUGAGAGGAUUUCCCAGGAAAUUCAAGACACAAUAUUUUCUCCUUCAUUCUUUCAUUCUAAACUUGCUAGUGGAAAUAUUCCCAGCAAAGUUGAUUUUACUGCUGCUUUCACCAAGAAGGAGCUGGCAGUUCAUCGUGAUCUCAGCAUUACUGAUUUAAGAACUGGCGAAUUAGAUUCUUAUGACAAAUCAGGAUAUGAAAAUUUUACUGAAGAUAAAAGGGAUGUUGAGAUGAUGGAGACAGAUAAGGAGAAUGUUGAGUUAGUUGUAAAUUCAUCAAAUAACAUUGAUGUGAAUAAAAAAAAUGGUCAUAUGCUCCACGUUGAAUCUCAUCCUGUAAAGACAUUGUCUGAGGAUGAAUUUAGCAGUGUAAGGGAUCUAUCACCUGAAGUUUCUGCAAUAUAUAUUGCAAUGCAGCAUUCCAAAUUAGAAUGUGUUGAUGAAAAAAGUCAAGAUUCAAUUUCUGAGGAAGUUUGUGUGGAACCUGAUGAUGAUGAGUUUGAUGAUUUUGAUCCAUAUUUAUUCAUCAAGGAUUUGCCAGACUUAUCAGUGGUUGUGCCUAAAUUUCGGUCUAUGCUUCUCCCAAAGCAAACACGGAGUUGUCCUUCAACUACCCUUGUUCUAGAUUUGGAUGAAACUUUAGUGCAUUCCACACUUGAGCCGUGCAAAGAUGCAGAUUUUGCAUUCCCUGUUAACUUUAAUCUUAAAGAGCACACAAUUUAUGUGCGGUGUCGCCCAUUUCUGAAGAACUUUUUGGAGAGAGUUGCCGCCUUAUUCGAGACGAUCAUAUUUACAGCCAGCCAAAGUAUAUAUGCUGAACAACUUCUCAACAUGAUUGAUCCAAAAAGGAAGCUGUUCCGCCACCGAGUUUUUCGUGAAUCGUGUGUUUACGUGGAGGGAAAUUAUUUGAAGGAUCUCUCUGUUCUUGGACGUGAUCUGGCACAAGUUAUUAUCAUUGAUAACUCUCCUCAGGCAUUUGGCUUCCAGUUAGACAACGGUAUCCCUAUUGAGAGCUGGUUUGAUGACCGUUCUGAUCGUGAACUGCUCGCUCUGCUCCCAUUCUUAGAGAGCUUAGUCGGGGUUGAAGAUGUCCGGCCGUUCAUAGCGAAAAGAUUCAAUCUUCGUCAAAAGGUUGAAGCUGCUUCUCUUGCUCUUGAUUUCAGAAGGUAAAGAAGGUUCGAUGAACAGUUUUGGGAACCUCUACUUGGGUUAUUUGUAUUACUACCUGUAAGUUUGUAGAAUUUACCUUUGGCAGCAUAGUUUGGUUUUAUCCCCUGAACUUCCAAUUUUCUUGCGGAAGAUAUAAAAAGAUUUGUCGAGUCUUCUUAUUGUGUGGUUUGCAAAUGCUUUGUAUUUAUUUAUUUUUAUUGUCUUUGAUAUCAAAUUAGGAGGAAUGGUUGGAUUGUUUUCAUAUACUUGUGAAGUUUUGAGUCUGCAA